AGUACUUCCUGGUUUUACGCAGCACAGGUAGAGGGAAAAUUUCCUGUUUGCCUCAGAACAGGUUUGUGUCGUGUUUUGACAAUAAGCACGCUGAAGAAAAGGAGACGUUGAAACCCAACCCCUCUCGGUGACAAAAUGAACUUUGAAGGACGGUGUCCUCACCGAAGUAUUCCAGUUGAAAUGGAUGAGAAGAUGACACCUUCUAAUCUGGACUUGGUCUUGCCGUCAUCUUGCCACGAGUGUAUGGGUCAAAAACAAGACAGUAAGAGACCCCUGGACUACAGCUGUAAGCCAGCGGAGGAGGCAGACCCCCAGGCAUCCCAGUGGAGAGUCCAGCAAGUACCCAGAGCGGCCUUUCAUGCUGACCCUGAACCAUGGUUUAUGGUCCCAUCUCAGCCUGGACACAACAGGCUCCACGGCCCCAGAGACCAGGGCCCACUUUACAAACAGGACCAGAGCAGAUGCUACGCCUACCCUUCAAACUGGCCUCCAGACCUGUCUGUGGAGCAGAGCUUGGAACACCCCCAGACGCUAAAAUCUAUGGACAACUAUGCCUACUAUGCCCCCACAGGACCCCCAGCGCCUCGCAUUACUGGUCAUGGUCCUGACCCAGCUCUGGGGAAUUGUCUUCAACAAUGUGCAUGUCACCAUCCAGCUGAGCCUCCGUAUCACAACUAUAAUUACCAUGAUAACCAACGCCAACAGUCCUGGAACCUCCCUUCAAAGAGGAUGCAUCACCACAACGCUCCAAAUGCCCCCUAUGUGUCUGAUGUGAUGUGUGAGGUCAGUGUGGAGCGUUCUGUUCCGGCUUUUCCAGGAGAACCCAUAAGGGAGAUCAGGAAGACCAUCAGCCUCCCAGAGGAGUGCAGAAAUGUCUUCAUCACAUAUUCCACGGACACAGCCAAUGAAAUUAUUUCAUUCACCAAAUUUCUGACCGAUCAAGGAUUCAAACCAGCUAUUGACAUCUUUGAUAAUCCAGUCCGAAGAAUGGGCAUCACCAAAUGGAUGGACAGCUUUCUGAAUGAUAAAUCAGUGCUCAUAAUUGUGGUCAUCAGCCCCAAGUAUAAGGUGGAUGUAGAGGGAGCUGGAGACGAUGAUCAUGGGCUGCACACUAAGUACAUUCACAAUCAGAUCCAGAAUGAGUUCAUACAACAAGGCUGCCUCAACUUCAGAUUUGUACCAGUGUUGUUUCCCAAUGCAACCAAGAGGGAUGUCCCCAGCUGGCUCCAGAGCACCAGGAUCUACCGCUGGCCCCAGGACAUCCAGGACCUGCUGCUGCGUCUGCUCAGGGAGGAGCGCUACAUCAUCCCACGGCUGGGAAACGACCUCACCCUCACUGUUCGGCCACUCUGAAGACGGCUGCAAAACACAGACCAACACACAACGCAAAAGAGAAGGUCUGUUUUAUCCAAAACACCACAUACUGCAGGCAUGUCCACACAAAUGACUGUGGUCUAACAUGAACAUCAGUGAGGACGGCUGCUGAGGCACAUGACUUUUAUGUCUGUUCAGGUCUUAUAUUUAGAUUCACAAUUACUUAUUUGCCAUCUGAAUAAUUACUUUCAAUACAGUUUAAUCAUGUUUCCUAUUCUAAACACAGUGCCUCUCAGUAUUAAUCUUUUAGUAGCAUUUAUAAAAAAGAGACAGUGAUGAACCAGACCACUCCACAAUUAUGGACAGUACAGAGCUGGACUUGUGCCAACAGGUUAUUUGUUUUAGAGAAUCGAUUAAAGGUUGAAUAUCCAAAAAAAAAAAAAAAAAAAGCCAUCAAAACAGUUUUUUAGGUUGCUUUUCAUUUGUUACAAGCUAACUCUUACAUUUAUGGGUCUGACUAAUCAGAAUUCUUACUGGGCACUUGUCUGUUUCUUUCUUUUCUUUUUUUUUUGUUUAAAUACAGUAAUACUCUUUAGCUUCUCCAUUUUGUCAAUGUGAGCGACUGUGUUCACACAUGGUCAUUUGACACAUGAUCAAAAUGUAAAUAUGUGGAUUAGUGAAUGUGUUAAAUUACAGAAUUAUAAUAAAGCAGCAGUAAAAUGUAUAUGUUAAUGGUUCUGGAUGUAAUAUUUAUGUAUAUAAUUAUGUGGAGUUUAUGUUGGAGUCUGUUUUGUGCUGGGAGUUACUCACCUGUCGACAUAAAUUCAUUUCAAAGCUAACAUUUGCUAACAUUACAAACUGUUACCAUUGUAGAAGAGCAAGGAGACAUUUAACUCCUGAGACUGGGAAUGGGAUUUUUGUAGAAAAACAGACCUGGGCUCUGUAAAUACAAAAAAAAAAAAAAAAACAAUGUACAAGCUUUUCUUGUGGAUUUAAACAACUGAGACAGUU